GUCUCCUGUUUACGCGACUCCAAAGCUGCAAUAGUGACUGGUAAGUCAUGGGACAAACUAGUUCUGGCUAGCGAUACGCCUGUACUGGUAGAGUUUUAUGCUAGUUGGUGUGGGCCCUGCCAGAUGGUCCAUAGGGUGGUUGAUGAGAUCGCAGCCGAUUAUUCGGGUAGGAUAAAAUGCUUGGUACUCCAUGCAGACAAGGACGUGCAAAUAGCUGAGAAUUAUGACAUCAAAGCGGUUCCGGUGGUGCUGCUGUUCAAUAACAAGGGAGAGAAGUGUGAUUCUGUCAUUGGUACCAUGCCCAAGGAGUUCUAUGUUGCCGCCAUUGAGAGGCUCUUACUCAACACAGCUCAUUAAAAACUGUCUCAGUCAUAGAAUGGUUUUUAUACUUUUCUAGAGCUCUGUAAAUGGUCGGUCUUUCAUUUUGCUCUCGUGACUUGCGAGUUGCAGCUAAAUAAGAUUGGUAGGCUUUUUAGUUUCCCACUUUCUUGGAACUUGGUAUUGGGACAGCAUACAUAUUAGGCAAAAGACUGAAGCAUGCUGAAUCUUAGAUAUGGCAAUAAGAUGUACGGAGGCACCUGAAAGUGUGUGUUAUAUACACGUGAAUUGCUGAAAAGGAGCCAACAAACAAUGCACAGAAAACUAAUUGUUGGAAUCUUUCUGCGCUUACAAGAAACAUCUUUUGAUUCUCAUAUUCUUCUAUAUGUAUUAUGUUUCUACGGACUGACGGAGUAUUACUA